CCCUAACAACGGCCGGAGCGGGAGAGAGGGAGGGACUGCGUUUGGUCCAGGGAUAGAGUCACUGUGUAAUGGCAGAGCCCGAGGCAAAGAAAGAAGAUGCAGACUCCAGACGAAUCCAAACCUUUCCUAUUGUCAGGUUUUGUGAUAUGCCAGAGGAAAUGAAAGUGGAGACGAUGGAAUUGUGUGUCACAGCGUGCGAGAAGUUUUCUGCAAACAAUGAGACUGCAGCCAAAAUGAUUAAAGAGACUAUGGACAAGAGGUUUGGUGCUUCUUGGCACGUGGUAGUCGGUGAAGGAUUCGGCUUUGAGGUCACUCACGAGAUGAAGAACAUUCUGUACAUGUAUUUCGGGGGCAACAUGGCAGUGUGUGUGUGGAAGUGCACAUAACAUGAAUGGUCUGCAUGUGGAACAGAAAUACUGACUCUCCUGCUCCCCCUUCCAAUCCUAACUCGUCUUGGAGCAUGACUGGAUAAAGGACACUGAUUCAAUCCAACCGUUACGAUGGGUUAUCCUGCAAGCAGGCCACUUGCUGUUUGAAAAGACAAGUCAUUUUAGAGUUUCAACAGGGCAGGGGCAAGAACUGAGGUUUUAAAUCUAUCUUCCAACAAGGCACAAAAUUUCAAUGUUCAGAAAUGAUCGAUAUUAUCAUUCAAGCAGCUGUAGUGGACUUGUAAUAUGGCUGGUCUGUUAACAAGGGGAGUGAUCCACAGCAAGUACGCUCCUCUGUAUAGUGUUUUUAAGUCAUUUUUAGAAUCUUUUUAUUCCAUUGCAAGCACAACAAUGCAUGUAUUUCUGAAGGAGUUUCCUGUGAACAUCUGAAACUGAACCCCUCCUCUUUAACGUGUGGUCAUUGAAACAGCAACCACCAUUUUAGAUUAAAAUGGAAUGAUGCUGGCAUUUCUAGGCAAGGGAGACCGGGGGAGGGGGGGCAAAUUGGAGUGAGUUUCACAUGGUCCAUUUGAAAUUUAAUAGGGAUUCUGGUCCAGGUUACUUUUGUUUUUGUGAAACUUGCAGGGACCAGAUGGAAACAGGUUGAGGGAGACAAGAGGAGACCAGUCUAUUUCAGCAUUAAAACACUCAGUCUGUUCAGGUUCCCUGGUUAACCAACUCCAUAACUGGGGAUGUGAAUGUCGCAUGUCUUGGAGUUAAAAUCUCUGUUGACUAGUUUCUAAAUACUUGCAAUUUUUUAAACACAACUUUUUAAAAGGUAUUGUAGCAAAUGUUCUCACUUGUAUCUUCACAAGUUUUAUUAAA